UAAUUUUGACAAGAAUAAUCUAUCUGCUAAUCAUUCAUUUCUUCAUAAUCUUCCUCUGAUCACCCUACCAGAGACACGCAAAUGGCUUACGCUGCUGUAACUUCGCUUAUGGGAACUCUGCAUCUACAGUUCUUGCAAUCACAACCGCGCUUCCCUCUUCAACACAAACAAGAGAUAGUUAAUUCUCUCCAUGAAAAUCUUGGUUUCCUGCAAGAAAAUCUUGAAAAAUCUGAGAUCGCCGCCUAUGGUAAUGCGGGGGCGAUGAAAGAUUUAGAGGCAGAGAUGAGAGAUGUAUGGUUCAAAGCCGAAGAAAGGAUUGAGAUGGAGUUGACUACCAUUUAUCUUCAAUCAAGCAGUAAAGAGGCUUGCAGCCUCCUCAAGCUUCACGGAAUCUUCAAAGAAGCAGUUAAACAGACUGAUUACUUGAAGAAGAAGUUGAUUAAGAUUAAAAGUAAACAGCAGCAGCAGCUUGCAAAGGGUUCAUCACUCACUGGUUGGAUGCGACGAAGAGGAAUUGGUUCAAAAUCAUCACAACCUGCAGAUCUAGAACGCGACAACAUUAGUGUGAGUAAAUUUUCCAAAACAGCUUCAAUGGUUGGAUGCAACGAGGAGUUCAAGACGAUAAUGGAUCAGCUCACUCGACAAUCAGCGAAGCAGCUACAAGUUGUAUCAAUUGUUGGCAUGGGAGGUAUAGGCAAGACCACUUUAGCUCAAAAAGUUUAUGAACAUCCAUCAAUUGUUUCUUAUUUUGAUAAGCAAGCAUGGGCUACUAUAUCUCAAGUGUAUAACCUGGACCAAAUGCUCCAAUGCCUUAUUGGUUGUGUUAGUGCAUCAAGUGAUGAACUCUCUAAACAGAGCAAUGUACUCCAUGAACAAAGAAAUGACAACUUAGCAGAAAGUCUACGUAAACACUUGAAGGAUCAUAGAUAUUUGAUAGUGAUAGAUGAUAUAUGGACUUCUAAUGCCUGGGAUAGUGUGCAAAGGUGCUUUCCAGAUGAUAAUAAUGGAAGCCGUAUACUAUUGACUUCUCGGCUCAAAGAGGUGGCUGAAUAUGCUAGUUCCGGUAACUCUAUCAUUAACAUGCCUUUCUUAGAUGCCAAUGAAAGUUGGAAUCUCUACUGCAAUGUGUUUGGUAAAACAGAAUUUCUUUUGGUGUUUGAGCAAAUUGGUAGAGACAUAGUGAGGAAAUGUAAAGGAUUACCUCUAGCUAUUACUUUAGUAGCUAGUCUUCUCUCCAAGACAGAAGAGAAUGUGGAAAAGUGGAAGAAUGUUGCAGAAAGUGUAAUUGGUGAUUCUAAUGAAGCAUGUUCAAGAGUACUAUAUUUGAGUUACAACCAAUUACCACACCACUUAAAAGCUUGUUUUCUAUAUUUUGGAGUUUUGGGGGAAGACUAUGAGAUCCCUGUGAAGAAGCUGGUCAGGUUGUGGGCAGCAGAGGGAUUUUUGAGGGUUGUGAAGCAUGUGAAUUUGGAGGAAGCGGCCAUGGAAUGCUUGCAAGAUCUUGUUGAUAGAAGUCUUGUUAUAGUUAGCAAACAGAGCUACAAUGGCAAAAUGAAGAGAAUAAGAAUACAUGAUCUGUUGCGAGAUUUGUGCUUGAAAGAAGGUGGACGUGAAAAUCUCUUGAAUGUGAUUAGAGAUGAAAAACUUCCAUUUGAUGAGUGGAUGAAAUCACAGCACCUGUUUUCAAAACCUUAUCGUUGGAUAGGUCAUACCGAACGUAUUGAUAAUCAAAUCAGGUCAGGAGAUAUGCUCUUUCACAAUUCUCAUUCCUUACACUCUAGGGUUGAUUACUCUACUGGUUAUUACUUUCAUAGCUAUGAACAUCUAUAUUCACACUUCAAACUGCUAAGAGUAGUAGACAUUGAAUGUGGAUCAUUUUCUGAUAGAUAUGAGAUACUUAAUGUGUUUGCCAUUCUUGUUCAUUUGAGAUACUUUGCCUUGACCGAGAAAUCAAGAUAUGAUCACGCUCCUCUUUGUGUAAAGAUCUUUGAGCAUAGGAAUAUACAAAGCUUUAUCGUUCGUGGAAAAUCUGUUACAUGGGAUUCCCCUGGGGCAUUUAGAAAUUGGACAAUGCCACUAUUAAGGAAUUUUUGUGCUGAACAAAUUUAUUCAUUACAAACUCCUUCAAUUGUUCAUAGAAACUUAGAGAAUAUAUCUUGGUUGAGUUAUGAGCUUUGUACAAAGGAUUUGUUUACAAGGAUUCCGAAUUUAAAAAAAUUGGGGAUCAAAGGUGGAUACACUGAUAAUCAAGACUGCUUUUAUAAUUUGGUGCACUUGGGGCAGCUUGAGACACUAAGCAUAAGCUGGGAUGGUCUCAGACGUAUUCCAUGUAACGACAUCCCAUGGGCAACUAGUUUUCUACCAAAUCUUAAGAAGCUCAAAUUGUUUUGGACUCAUUAUCUCCCAUGGAGUGAUAUGAGGUGGCGUUAUCUCAAACAUAUUCCAUGUAGCGGCAUCCCAUGGACAACUAGUUUUCUACCAAAUCUUAAGAAGCUCAAAUUCUUUAGGACUCGUCUUCUCCCAUGGAGUGAUAUGAGGCUUAUUGGUAUGUUGCCGAAUCUAGAGGUUCUAAAAUUGAUAAAUGCUUGCCAAGGCCCAACGUGGGUGCCAUAUAAUGGAGGGUUUUGUCGAUUGAAGAGAUUGGUAAUUGAAGACACACUUCUUAAAUAUUGGAAUGCCGGGAGUGACCAUUUUUCUGUGCUCGAAUGUUUAGAGUUAUGUAAAUGUAAGUAUUUGCAAGAGAUCCCUAGUGGUUUUGUGGAUAUCACCACACUAGCAUUGAUUCAGUUAAACUACUGUCUGGGUUCACUUCUGACUUCCGCAAAGUGGAUUCAAGAUGAGCAACUUAACAGCUAUGGAAAUUCCAUCCUUGUUCGUUCCGAACACAUUAGCCUGAACGAGUAAACAUCUCAGAGGAAAAAUGUGAUGAUGAGGAAGAGAUCAGAGUGAUGAAGGAGAAAUUGUUUGAAGACAAAAUUCGAAGCCCUCUUGAAUGGGCAUAAUGGUUAGUUGUGGAUGCUUUGGAGGAUUAGGCAGCAAGUUGGAUUGUUGGAGACAGUAUGUCUGCUCUUAUCUAUCUGAAGUAAAGCUCUGUACUGUACAAGCUGGCUGGAUUUGGAAACAUCUAACUAUAUAGUGUUAUGUGAUGUUUGUUUUUGAAUCAAUAACAAGCUAGCUAGGAGGUAAACAAAGAUAAAUUGAAGAUAAUUAAGGCUAUGAUUGCAUUCUGAUUGCUGGGAAAGGCUUCAUGGAAUAUCUUCAACCAAGCAGUAAAAUAGCUUGCCUCCUCAGGCUUCAUGGAAUCUCUUCAAUCUAGCAGUAAAACAGACUAAUUACCUCAAGAAUGAGUUGAUUGUUGGAAAAAUAGCAUUAAAAUGACAUUUUGAGUAA